AUGGGAUCCCACACCCCCUCCUCCGUGAGUGGCCUGUCCUGUCCCUCCCUCCAGGAGUUCCAGAAAGUGUCCGCCUUUCUGGUCCAGCUCUCGGAUAGUUCUGCCUCCCUGUCAGACUGGGAGGCCGGGAACACCCCAGACGCAGACCUGGGCUCGUCCAGGGCGUCCUCUGUUGGAGCCUCCAGGGGCCUGCACGGGGGUCCCCUGCGGGGCUCCCCCACUGCGUCAGGGCCAGGCCUCCUGCAGCCGGGCCAGCCACGGCCUCUCCCCAACGUCCCCUCGCCCAGGUCAGGAUCAGAGCUGUCAGAGGCAUCCAGCGAGGUCUGGGAUGAGGAGAGCCCACUGGAGUCUGGCAUGGGUGCCCAGCCAGCCACAGGGUGGCCCUCCCCUGCUGGAGGCUCCUCUGACCUGGAAGAUGGAGGGGCACCCAGCAUGGCACUUCUCUCUCCAGGCCCUGGUGGGGACCAGGAAGCUUCUGGAACUGGUGGGAGUCUGACCAGUGACUUAGAUGCAGGAAAGGCCGGCUGGCCAUGCCCUGAGGCUGCCUGCACGGCAUCCCUCCCCAGUGCCCAUCUCUGCAGAGACUCAGCCCUAUCCCUUCCCUUUCCCUUGGGGUCCUUGGUGUCCGAAGGAGCCAGUUUCAGCCGAGGAGGAGAGACGGGGCCUCUGCAGGCCUCCACCGACUGCCCAGAGGGGCCCCAGGAGGCUGACAGGAAUCCCCCACAGGCACCGCCUGCAACACCCAGGGUGCUGGCAGCCCUGAGGGCUGAGAGCCGGGCACCUGGGCAGGCGGGCAGUGGAGCCCCUGCUGCCCCAGAGGAAGCCAGCCUCUCUCUGGAUGGCAGUAUCCUGCCUGAGAUCCUGUCCCCGGUGGAUGAGGUGCUGUCCUACGGCAACGUCUCCACCAACACCUGGGAGUUGCCCUCCUUGUCCGAGGCACUGUCCCUGGGGCCCCAGGAGGCCAGCCUCUGCCUGGAGGCAGGGCAGUCCGUGCAGGCCCCAACACUGUCUGGAGAGACCUGUGUGACUGGAGAGGGCCUGCCAGCACUGUUGACGGCUGGCCACACGGGGCUGGCUGGCCCCUGGCAGGGGGAUCCAGUUCCCGCUUUGGACAGGGGCCCCUGCGUGGGCCCCGGGGGGGACAGGGCAGAGGUGGUGGAUCUGGUUUCCACCCAGCUCAGCAGGAGGAUCCUGUGCGACACACUGGCUGUGCUCUCGGAGCUGGCCCCACUGAGCAGCCUGGGGACGGGAGAGCUGUACCGGCCUGGCCGGUGGCACAGUUCUUUAGAGCGGCGUCCUGUGCAGCAACAGGUGGCCGGGGCAGCCCCCGUCGGGCACGUACGGGAGGCAGGCAGUCCAUGCUUCUCUCUCACACCGAAGGUCUCGCUCUGCUUUUCAGACUGGGCCGCCGCCAUCCGCGUCGCUGCCCUGGACUGUGCGGAGAAAAGUAACCACGAGGUGUGCCAGACCUACGACAUCCACUUCUACCCCAGCUUCCGGUAUUUCAGAGCAUUUACAAAGGACUUUACAACUGGCGAAAACUUUAAAGGGCCUGACCGAGAGCUGCAGACGGUGAGACAAGCCAUGGUUGACUUCCUGCAGAACCACACGGACGCAAACAGGCCUCCCGCCUGCCCGGCGUUGGACCCUCUUCGGCCCAGUGACGUUCUUUCUCUCAUUGACAACCAUGAGGGCUACUACGUGGCUAUUCUGUUUGAGAGCAACAGCUCAUAUGUUGGACGUGAGGUGAUCCUGGACCUGAGUCCUUACGAGAACAUCGCGGUGAAGAGAGCAUUGGACAGCAACCCGGCCUUUCUGGAGAAGCUUGGCAUCUCUUCCGUUCCUUCCUGUUACCUGGUUUACCCAAAUGGGUCCCACGGGCUAAUUAACAUCAUGAAGCCUCUUCGGUCAUUUUUUUCCUCUUAUUUGAAGUCGUUGCCAGAUGUGAGGAAAAAAUCGCUUGCAUUGCCUGAAAAGCCAAGCAAAGAACAAAAUUCUGAAGUUGUGGUGUGGAGAGAGUUUGACAGGUCAAAACUGUACACGGCGGACCUGGAGUCGGGGCUGCACUACCUCCUGAGGGUGGAGCUGGCCACCCACAGGACACUGGCUGGGGCCGAGCUGAAAACACUCAAGGACUUUGUUACUGUCGUUGCCAAGCUGUUCCCCGGCCGCCCGCCCGUCAGGAAGCUGCUGGAGAUGCUGCAGGAGUGGCUGGCCAGCCUCCCCCUGGACCGGGUGCCCUACAACGCCAUCCUGGACCUGGUCAACAACAAGAUGCGGAUUUCUGGAAUAUUCCUCACUGAUGAGAUCAAGUGGGUUGGCUGUCAAGGAAGCCGCCCGGAGUUGAGGGGUUACACGUGUUCUCUCUGGAAGUUGUUCCACCUGCUGACUGUUCGGGCCGGGACCCACCCAGAUGCGUUGGAUGGCACAGGUUUCGAAGACGACCCCCAGGCGGUGCUGCAGACCAUCCGGAGGUACCUGCUCACCUUCUUCGGCUGCAAAGAGUGUGGGGAGCAUUUUGAGGAAAUGGCUAAAGAGUCCAUGGAUUCCGUGAAAACCCCAGACCAAGCAAUCCUCUGGCUUUGGAAGAAGCACAACCUCGUGAACAGCCGCCUGGCAGGCCACCUGAGUGAGGACCCCAGGUUUCCCAAGGUGGCGUGGCCCACUCCGGACCUCUGCCCCGCCUGCCACGAGGAGCUGAGGGGCCUGGACAGCUGGGACGAAGACCAGGUUCUCCUGUUCCUGAAGCGGCACUACGGCAGCGACAACCUCAUGCACACGUACGCCGCGGCCCUGGGUGGCACGGGCGAGGCCGAGGAGCCAGAGGGAGGCCGAGCCAACCCCGAGAGGCCUGGAGACCACGGGGCCGAGAGCCUGCACCAGCCCAGGGCCCUGCCUCCCACACCUCGCCCCUCAGAGGUGUCGCACCUGGGACCAGCCAGGCCUGAGGGCCGCAGGGAGGUGGAGGCGGCUGCACCGUUCCUGGGGAUGGGCUUCUCCAGCCUGGACAUGAGCCUCUGCGUCCUGCUCUACGUGGCCUCCUCCAUGUUCCUGAUGGUGAUGUUCUUCUUCUUCCGAGUGCGGUCCCGGCGGUGGAAAGGCCGGCACCGCCGUCCGUCAGUGUAGAGCUGAGCAGCCCGCCCGCGCCUGCGGCUAUAACGUUUCUGAUCAGGGAUGACAGGCAGGGGGCCUGCUCCCCACUCAUGGCAGCUGUGGUCCCAGAGCUGGGGCCUGUGUGCGUUCCGGCCUUCACAGUCCGUGGACGCCUCUGACAAAUCCAUAGCAAAGCGACUUCUAUGUUUUUACUCUUCUAGGUCUGAAAACGGGAGUGGGGUGUCCAGGCCAAAAAGAAUGUUUUGCACCCACUUUCAUCAAGUUUACUGGGCUCCACAUCCAUUGUGCACGACCUCCUCUGGAGAUUUGGAGAAAAACCCAGCCCUUCCCCAUGGAGGCUAAGGGGUGACUGAAUGUAGCCAGGGAUACCCCCGCCCCCCCCCCAUCCCCGCCAUGGGGGAUAGACUUGGUGUGGGGAGGGAGGGUGGUGCUCGUCUUACUCUUCAGGGACAGUGCCUUGGCCUGUUGGUUGUUACUCUGGUGAUGAGAGAGCUCAGUGCGUGAGGGCCACCCAGGCUGCCUGUCCCUGGCAGUCAGGAGACUGUGAGCCCGAGAGCAGAGCUUCCGCCUGGGCCCCUGCCAUCCAGCACCCACUGCCCUCCUGAGCACUGCCCAGAGCCAGAGUGGGUGGUGCACGGGGUCUCGCUGGCAUCUCUAAGGCCAGACUUCAUUUGCCUGAAUACACAGGGCCUGGCACAGGGCCUAUCACUGGGCUUUGGUGGUUAAUUAUUUACCAUUUAAUGGUUUUAACAUUAUUUUAAAUGUGUUAAAACCCAGAACAUUCAGAGGUAAAGUAAAUGCGUAAACAAACGAACUCCUGGGGGCAUUUCCUUUGAGACCCUUAUGCAGAUGCUCAGCAGUGUGCGCCCCCGCGUGUGUGUGUGUGUGUGUGUGUGUGUGUGUGUGUGUGUGUGUGUGUCUGUGCCUGUGCCCCCUUGUGUGCGUGAUGGUGGUAAGUAGUUCUUUCCACGGUGCCUGUGGUGUCCGCAUGCUCCCUCAUUGCAGCGGCUAAGCACGUGUGGACUACUCACACCAGGUCCUGCCCCAGCCCAGCUCAGGGGAGCCCGAGGAUGGUGCCUGCAACGCUGCCACCAGCCCGGUGCCCACCUGGGGGCAGGCGUGGCCAGGAACAGGGAGCCCUGCCCUGAGCUGAGCCUCUGCGCCACCCCUGCCAGAGGUUUCCAGUUGGUGACACGUUUAACCCCUAGAAGCCUCUGGUUUAAACCUGAGGCUCGCGUGCCUGGUUAUUGACAGCACCAUAUUGUUUCCUUUCAACUUGAAAACGGGCCAGUUUACAGAGGCCACGGGAAAUCCUGGGCCUCUUUCAUUAAACUGCCUUAGGUUCGUGUCAAAUGUCGUUUUCUCCCCCAAAGUAAGUUUCUGUGAGCAGUGGGCACUGUCCUACAUCAACCCAUUUGACAGGCAAUGUUGGCUUCUAAGGUUCAUAGUAAUAUUGCGGUUUGAGGUCACAUCUGUGACAUCAGAGGGGCAAGGUUCCAGCAGACCGCCGGUGCCAUGCGGCCGCGGGAAGGGUCUCACCUGCAAGUGUGAGCCGCCUUGCACACCUCACGUGGUGGCCUGCUCAGAACUGGAUGCUACCGUCAGGUGUGUUUUCUAAAGUUGAAACUAUUGAGACAAUGAAUAUAAUGGUUCAGUAAUUUAAAUGUAUUUAUUUUUAAUGGGAGAAUUUGGUUAAGAAGAAACUAAUUGACAUGAAAAUGUCUGAAAUUUCUUACGUGCAAAGAAAGUGAACAUUUUGUAUUUAAAAACUGUAAUGUGCACAUUUUGAAAUAAAUCUGAUGUUUGAAAAA